CACGAUCCGCGCCAUGGUGCGGGAGGGGAACGCCGACCCGGGGGUCGCGAGGCGGCGGGCCGCGGGCGCGGCGCCAGGGUGCGCGCUUUGGUGCUGGGCCCUGGCGCUACUGUGGCUGGCGACAGCCGCGGCCGGCCCCUCCCGGCGCCAGUGGCCCGUGCCCUACAAACGCUUUUCCUUCCGUCCAGAACCAGAUCCUUAUUGUCAAGCUAAAUACACGUUCUGUCCAACUGGCUCACCUAUCCCAGUUAUGAAAGGUGAUGAUAUCAUUGAAGUCUUUCGGUUACAAGCCCCAGUAUGGGAAUUUAAAUACGGGAACCUCCUGGGACACUUGAAAAUUAUGCAUGAUGCCAUUGGAUUCAGAAGCACUUUAACUGGCAAGAACUUCACAAUGGAAUGGUAUGAACUUUUCCAACUUGGAAACUGUACAUUUCCCCAUCUCCGACCUGCAAUGAAUGCCCCUUUCUGGUGUAAUCAAGGAGCUGCCUGCUUUUUUGAAGGAAUUGAUGAUAUUCACUGGAAGGAAAAUGGGACGUUAGUUCUAGUAGCAACCAUAUCAGGAAACACAUUUAACGAAAUGGCAAAGUGGGUAAAGCGGGACAAUGAAACAGGGAUUUAUUAUGAGACAUGGACUGUGCAAGCCAGCCCAGAAAGAGGGGCAGAGACAUGGUUUGAAUCCUAUGACUGUUCUAAAUUUGUGUUAAGGACAUAUAAGAAGUUGGCUGAACUUGGAGCAGAAUUCAAGAAGAUAGAAACCAACUAUACAAGAAUAUUCCUUUACAGUGGCGAACCUACCUAUCUGGGAAAUGAAACAUCUGUUUUUGGGCCAACAGGAAAUAAGACUCUUGCUUUAGCCAUAAGAAAAUUUUAUUACCCCUUCAAACCACAUUCGUCAACUAAGGAAUUUCUGUUCAGUAUCUUGCAAAUUUUUGAUGCAGUGAUUGUACACAGAGAGUUCUAUUUGUUUUAUAAUUUUGAAUAUUGGCUUUUACCUAUGAAAUUCCCUUUUAUUAAAAUAACUUAUGAAGAAAUCCCUUUACCUAACAGAAACAAAACACAUUCUGGUUUAUAAAAUUUUAAUUCUACUGCUCUUUUCUUCUGUUACCAGCAUGUGUUUUUUUCAAGGGGUGAUUACAUUUGUGGAUUUCUUAGGCCUUUCUGUCUUGGAGCAGAAAUGCACCUGGGCAGAAUUGCCACCUAUCAUCUCAGGACUUUUCUUCAAGAGAAGCUGAAACACUGCGUUGGCCAAAGUGAGCAUGUUAGGUGACCUUGAUUUCAAACUCCAAGCCUCUGUUAAUAAGAAUUAUAGUUCGGAUCAGAUAUGUAGGAUCUUUGGGUCCUGUAUUUUUUUAAAUCGUGGAUAUGGUGUGCCAAGAUUUUUAAAAUACCCUCAGUGACAUUCAUGAUGGGAGGUACUUUUUUCUGGUAUGGUAGUUAACGCUUUUUCCGUAUUUUUUGGUAGUUUAGACUGACUUGACAGUUUUUAUAACUUUGGGGACCAGGUCUAGUAGUUUGGUUUUGUUCUAUUCACUUAAAGACCAAUUUGGACACCCUAAUUGCAGCAUUUGUGCUUCUGGAUGAAGUACAGUGUUAAAGAGCACAAGUUUCCAGCUAGCAUUUUAGAGUUCGCUAGUAACUGACAUUUUGUGAUUUAGGCAGAUGAGCAUUUCUGAACCUUAGUGUCUUUAACUCUGAGAUGAGUCGUCUUGUCAGGAUUGUUGUAAAGGCUGAAGCCAUAUAUGUUUGUCAUAGGAAAGUUAAAGUAAAUGGUUGCUAUAAUGAUGAAUCAAAGAACAAAUUGCCAUCUUUGACUUGGCCUAAUAUAGUUUACAUGCCAACCUUUUAUGGUGAUACCCUAGACUUUGAGCAGGCAGUUGAAUGCGUCUGCAGUUCUUCAAACACAGGGAACACAGAAGUAUCUGACUGCAGAUGCACCUGCGUGAGCAGGCACCCCCUGACUCCCCUACUCUAGUCCUUCCACCCAGUAGAGAUGCCAGCUCAGUAGAAGAGGGUACACCUCUCAGACAGGGGACAGGUUUUUGUCAAGAUCUCCAGGUAGCUGUGCUUCCAUUUAGGGCCAUCAAACAAAGUUUCAAACCCUAAGUUGGAUGAUCAACUGAACACUGUUCAUAGGAAAAACAUGAGUCAGUAAGAUGGUGAAGCAGAGACAGACAAUCUGUUUAAUACAUAAAUUACGUUAUUUAGUUUUUACUAACAGUUGAGUGCCUCUUGAGAAGUUAGAUACAUUAUCAUUGAGUUCUCUUAAUCCAGAUGAUUAAAUUGGGGCUUAGAAGGUUGAAUGACCCUUCCCUGGCUACCCAAUUAAUGGUAACGGAGCCACAUUUGAACCAGUUCUGUUGACUGCAUGGCAAACAUUAUGAAGUGAGGUUUAGUUGUUUUCCUCAGACCAGUGCCCGUACCACAGGUUACCAACACUAGGUUUCUAGUCAACUACAGAUACCGAAACAUUAUUUUAAAGCAACUUAUUGGAGUAAUUUUGUUUCUGUUGAAUCUAAUAAAAAAAUGGCUUGUA